GAGGAUCCGCUUUAUAUACGCGGCUGUCCACUCCCCCUUCCUCCCCCUUCCUCCUCCUCCUCCUCCUCCUCCUCACAUUAAAACCUCGGUUCUUCCCGCAUCUGUACCCUCCAACAGCGGCUCUGCUCCUCCUCGAUCCUCUGUGAUUCACCUCGCGAACUAGCCAUCAUGGUUUACCAUAAGGAGUUUGAAAGUGCCGGGAGGGAGCCAGGGCUGAAGGUGUGGCGCAUAGAGUCCAUGGACCUCAAACCGGUGCCCAAAAAGCUGUACGGCAGCUUUUACACCGGGGACGCCUACGUGUUGCUCUUCACCACCCCAGCACCUUCUUACAACAUCCACAUGUGGCUGGGGGAUGAGUGCUCACAGGAUGAGAGCGGAGCUGCAGCCAUCUUCUCCACACAGCUGGAUAGCUUCCUGGGCGGGGCGCCGGUCCAGUACAGGGAGGUGCAGAACCACGAGUCCAACGCCUUUCUGGGCUACUUCAAGUCAGGCAUCAAGUACCAGAAAGGGGGAGUUGCCUCCGGUUUCCAACAUGUGGUGACCAAUGACAUGAACGUGAAGCGCCUGCUGCACAUAAAGGGACGGAGGGCAAUCAGAGCCACAGAGGUGAACCUGUCCUGGAACAGCUUCAACCAAGGAGACUGCUUCAUUAUCGACCUGGGAAAGGACAUCUACCAGUGGUGUGGCAGCGAGUGCAACCGCUUUGAGAGGCUGAAGGCCUCAGAGGUCGCCAUCGACAUUAGGGACAACGAGCGGAAUGGCAGGGCAAAGCUGCACAUAGUGGAGGAUGGGAGCGAGCCAGAGGAAGUCCUACAGGCUCUGGGCCCCAAGUCCAGCAUUGCGCCCAGUACACCAGACGAUGAACAGGUGGACGCUUCCAACAAGAGGAAGGCUGCCCUCUACAGGAUCUCUGAUGUCACGGGUGCCAUGAAGGUGCAAUCUGUGGCUGAAUCCAGUCCCUUCAAACAGUCCAUGUUGUCUCAAGACGAUUGUUACAUUGUGGACAACGGGGUCGACAAGAACAUCUUCGUAUGGAAAGGUCCCCAGGCAAAUGCAGCAGAGCGUAAGGCAGCCAUGUCUGUGGGCCAGCACUUUAUCAGAGAGAAAGGAUACUCUGAUAAAACCCAGAUCCAGGUACUUCCUGCAGGAGCAGAGACGACUCUGUUCAAGCAGUUCUUCUGUGACUGGAAGGACAAGGACGAGACCACGGGACCCACCAAGGCCUAUGCCAUCGGCCGCAUCGCCAAGAUCAAGAAGGUGCCGUUUGACGCCAGCACCCUGCACACCAACAAAGCCAUGGCUGCCCAGCACGGCAUGGUGGACGAUGGCAAGGGCAAGGUUCAGAUCUGGCGGGUUGAGAACGGCGCCAGGGUUCCUGUGGAACCCUCCACCUACGGUCAGUUCUACGGUGGAGACUGUUACAUCAUCCUCUACAGCUACAAACAGGGAGGCCGCGAGAAGCACCUCAUAUACACCUGGCAGGGGCUGAAGUGUACACAGGAUGAACUGGGAGCAUCAGCAUUUCUCACAGUGCAGCUGGAUAACUCAAUGGGAGGAUCCCCAGUUCAGGUGAGGGUGACCCAGGGUCAGGAGCCUUCACACCUGAUGAGCAUCUUCCAGGGCAAACCUAUGAUCAUCUACACCGGAGGAACGUCACGCAAAGGCGGACAGUCGCACGCCAGCCCCACUCGUCUCUUCCACAUCCGACAGAGCUCCUCUGGCGCCACCCGAGCUGUGGAGGUCGACGUCUCCGCCUCCAAACUGAACACCAACGACGUGUUUGUGCUGAAAACCCCGAACGCGCUGUUUGUGUGGCGUGGCAUGGGCGCCAGCGACGAGGAAGUGAGCGCCUCCAAGCACGUAGUGGGCCUCCUGGGUGGCAGCCCCACCAAUGUGUCAGAGGGCAAGGAGCCAGCUGAAUUUUGGACCGCUCUGGGAGGCAAGAAGCCGUAUCAGACCUCCAAGAGCCUGCAGCAUGUGGUCAAACCCCCGCGCCUGUUCGGCUGCUCCAACAACACGGGAGUACUCAAGGCUGAAGAAGUACCAGGCGACUUCACUCAGUCUGAUCUGGCCACUGAUGAUGUCAUGAUCCUGGAUACUGGCGAUGAGAUCUACAUUUGGAUUGGAAACGACGCAAACCAGGAGGAAACGACGGGAGCUCCCAAAAUAGCAAAACAGUAUGUGGACUCAGACCCAUCUGGCCGCAAAGGUCUGCCCAUCAUCACCAUCAAACAGGGGGCAGAGCCUCCCACCUUCAUUGGCUGGUUCCAGGCUUGGGAUCCCAACAUGUGGGCGACAGAUCCAAUGGACAGAAUCCGGGCUCGCUUCUGAAUACGACGCCCCGGACUCUUUCACCCUGCUUCCUUACUCAUCUAGCACUACUCAUUCUUUUCCCGUUCUCUGCGUGCCAAAACCAAUCAUGAGUCAUUAAUCUGAAAGGCUGCCUCUGCAUCUCGGUCAUGGUGCAGUAGACUGGACUUCAUAAACUAGAAUGCAUCACAUCAACUGCCAUACGCUUCAUCCUAACUUUAAUAGAUAAAAGCGAAUUAAUGAUCAGUUGCAAGAAAGCUUGAUGCCUUCGUGUCUGCAGAAAAUACCCACAGAAAUCCUAAUAUGAAUAGCAAAUAGGGUACUUAUAUAGCUAUUUCAGACAGGUAAUUUGCUCCAGAACAACAGUUUGCUCCAUUACUCUACGCUGUGUUGUAUUUUUCUUUUCUUUUUUUUACCAGUACUGUGUUGUUGUACUAACUAGAAAUUGCAUGCUGCAUUUUUUCAUCCUAUUCUUUGCUUGGGGAUUUUUUUCUAUGAAAUACUCACUAAUGGCUUUAAAAUAAAAAAAAAAUCUGACAAAAAAAUCUAAAAA